AAGCCACGACAGGGGUUCCAAAUUCUCUCCGUGUUAGAGCACCAGAUUCUUUUCCCUUUUCUUUUUUUUUUGUUGGGUUCCUUUUUUUUUAUCCAUCAAGACUCCGUGAACUUGUCGCCAUUGUUUUCUUUUUCCUUUGUUGAUUUCGUCAAGCUUCCUCCUUCUCCCUGAAAUUCUCUCUCUCUCUCUCUCUUUUGGAUCGGAGCUGCGUCGAUGGCUUCGAAGCGGAUCCUGAAGGAGCUCAAAGAUCUCCAGAAAGACCCUCCUACCUCCUGCAGCGCUGGCCCUGUAGGAGAGGACAUGUUCCACUGGCAAGCAACAAUAAUGGGUCCGUCAGAUAGUCCUUAUGCAGGCGGAGUAUUUCUAGUAACUAUCCAUUUCCCUCCAGAUUACCCAUUUAAACCCCCUAAGGUAGCGUUUAGGACCAAAGUCUUCCAUCCAAAUAUUAACAGCAACGGCAGCAUUUGUCUUGACAUUCUAAAGGAGCAAUGGAGUCCUGCCUUAACCAUUUCCAAGGUUCUUGUCUUAUCUUUCAGGUCUUGCUUUCUAUCUGUUCGCUCUUGACGGACCCGAACCCAGAUGAUCCCCUGGUGCCAGAAAUCGCUCAUAUGUACAAGACUGACCGGGCCAAGUACGAGGCGACUGCGAGGAGCUGGACCCAGAAGUAUGCCAUGGGCUAAGGGGGACUUGCUGCAACUUAUUACCGAGGAGUCUGUCGUUAUCUUUCGCUGUAUAAGUUAAAGGUGAGACCUGCGAUUUAUCUCGACUGGCAAGCGAUAUAUAUGUGUCUAGUUUGGUCUGUCGUGCAAAUGAAGACACUGUAUGUUUCCUGGCCUGUCUGAACCACCAAAAACUAUGGUUGAAUGUUGUAAAGUUGAUGCUGUUUUCUUUGGUUGAGUAGAGCGGAUUUACAUUGAUCAUAUAA